UCGCGGCAGCGGCAGCACACGCACCCUCGGCGGCCGCAGCAUCCGCACCGCAGAGCCGAGCCCGGAGCCCGCCGCCCGGCAGAUAUACAGAUUAUAAAUGCAAGACCUGUGGAUUCCUACCAUUUUUGAGGAUCAGAUAAAAGUAAGGUUCUGCUCAGAGAAGACACACCAGCGCUUUUGCAGUGGCACCAGGAUAGGGGAGGAAGGGGUGUCACAUUACCUGUGAGAGACAUACAAACAAAGGAUGGCUGUAGCCCCUCCAAGUUACUGUUUUGUGGCCUUCCCGCCGCGUGCUAAGGAUGGUCUGGUGGUAUUUGGGAAAAAUUCAGCCCGGCCCAGAGAUGAAGUACAAGAGGUUGUGUAUUUCUCAGCUGCUGACCACGAACCCGAGAGCAAGGUUGAGUGCACUUAUAUUUCAAUCGACCAAGUUCCAAGGACCCACGCCAUCGUGAUAAGCAGACCCGCCUGGCUUUGGGGGGCAGAAAUGGGAGCCAAUGAACACGGAGUGUGCAUAGCCAACGAAGCCAUCAACACCAGAGAAGCCGCUGCUGAGACUGAAGCCUUACUGGGGAUGGAUCUGGUCAGGCUUGGUUUAGAAAGAGGGACAACAGCUAAGGAAGCCUUAGAUGUUAUUGUCUCCUUGUUGGAAGAGCAUGGACAAGGUGGAAAUUAUUAUGAAGAUGCAAACUCCUGCCAUAGUUUCCAAAGUGCAUAUCUGAUUGUGGAUCGUGAGGAAGCCUGGGUGCUUGAGACCAUAGGGAAGUACUGGGCGGCCGAGAAGAUCACAGAGGGUGUGAAGUGCGUUUGCAGUCACCUUUCACUCACCACGAAGAUUGAUGCAGAGCAUCCUGAACUCAGGAACUAUGCUCAGAGCCAAGGCUGGUGGACGGGAGAGGACGAGUUCAACUUUUCUGAAGUGUUCUCUCCAGCGGAUGACCAUCUAGACUGCUGUGCAGGCAAAGACAGCUUAGAAAAACAAGAAGAAAGCAUCACUGUGCAGACUAUGAUUGACAUCUUACGGGACAAAGCCAGUGGAGUCUGUAUAGACUCAGAAUCUUUCCUCACCACAGCCAGUACAGUGUCUGUCCUGCCUCAGAAUAGAAGCUUGCCCUGCAUUCACUACUUCACUGGGACCCCAGAUCCGUCCAGGUCCAUAUUCAAGCCUUUCAUCUUUGUUGAUGAUGUAAAGCUUGUCCCCAAAGCGCAGUCUCCCAGUUUUGGGGACGAUGACCCUGCCAAAAAGGAGCCUCGGUUCCAGGAGAAGCCAGAUCGCCGGCACGAGCUGUACAAGGCCCACGAGUGGGCCCGUGCAGUCAUCGAAAGUGACCAGGAGCAAGGUCACAAGCUGAGGAAGACCAUGCUGGAACUAGAGAAGCAAGGCCUGGAAGCUAUGGAAGAAAUCCUGAGCAGCUCUGACCCUCUGGACCCCGCCGAAGUAGGGGACCUUUUCUAUGACUGUGUUGAUACCGAGAUUAAGUUCUUUAAGUGAAGUAAGCAUUCUCUUUCCCCUUCUUAUUUAAAACUUCCCACCUUACUAAAUUACCAGCAAGACAAACCACUCUCCUGUUUGAGUAAAAUGAGAAAGUUAAGUUGUAGUCUCCUUUUCUGAAGCCAAAUUGAACUGUGAAGUUGUGUUCUGCCUUGAAUCUCAAAACACCCCCUUCUUCUGCAAUGUCUGUCCCCUUCCUCUGCAAUGGAACAUGUACCCCCAUUUGCCUGUUGUUUGGUCAUAUGACUAAUUGUGGAUUUUAAGCUGCUAUUAUUGUAUUCCAGUGACAGUGGACACAUUAGCCUUUUCACAAGAGGACUGGCGGUCAUCAAGUCUUGAAAGACAUCUAGUCACCACAGUGCUGAGUUUGCAGGAAAAGCAAAAUCUUUUAAAGUCUUACUUUUUCUCUCAGUCACAGCUUUUUUUUCCAGUUAAAAGGCAUUUUUUCGCUGGUCCAGGGUUCUUGUGUGCAUAGACCAGGGAGGACCUCCCUGGGGUUCCCUUCACCUACGUACAUGCCUGAAGUGCAGAAUGUCUCCAUAUGAGUCCUCUGAGGGACAGAACCAAGAGAAAAGGACAAAGGGGGCUCCUGUCCACUCCCAGCUAGAUCCCAGUUUCCAUGAUCCUGAAGGACCUGUCUUCCAUGUCCUGUGCUUUUGUGUGCCAGACCUACAGAGCUACUUAUGGUGGGCAGAGAACUGUUCUUCCAUGCUAGCUGGGACUUACUGCCCGCUUUGGUGAUGCAGAAGCAGCCAUGCUGGUGACUUCCCCAAGUCAAAGGCACAGCUGCCCUCCCACCGGUGGGGCACACCCACCACUUGGACAGGGCCUUGUGCAGAAAUGAUUCCAGGUUGAAUUACCACGAUCUAGUCUAGGAUUAAUUAAAUGGCCGUAGGGGAUAGUUCCACCCAACAAAGCAGCAAAUUUCUUAGCUAAUGAGGGAAAGAAAAGGAGAAACUCUUAACUAUUUAGGUUGCCGUUAAAGUGGCUGGAAGCCGAGGAGUCACUACAUUAUCUCAGCAGAGAGACUUUAAUUAAACUGAUUUGUUUCCAGCAUAGUGUUCACAUAAAGGAUUUGACUUCCACCAGAGCAUAGAAAAGUGUGUGAGGAAGACCAGAUGGGCUUAGCGGUGGGAAGACAGAGGGCAAGAAGGCAGCAGAUGGAUGUAGAAGCACUUCACUGCAGGGUGACAAUCCAACCCUUGCCUUCCUGCCCAGCCUCUGAUAUCCCACAAAGCUGUAUAAGAAGCAGCUGACUUCUCCUGGGCCUUCCCCUUACUCCUCCACACCCAGGAGCUGCCUUCUGCCUGGUAGCCAAGUGGGUGGGUGUGGGGGGGGGGGGGCUUCCCUCCAUCUACUGAAACCCUCAGAAUGCAAUGGAAAGGGGGCAGUGUGAGCAGAAAUAUAUGUUAAUAGAGCGGCUGGUGGGAAAAUAGCAGCUUAAUUACCCCCAGCUUCACCUGUACCUUUUGGGCCUAACCAGCCUCAUCAUUCUUGAUAGGAACUUCCACAUGGAAGUAUUGUAUCAGGAGCCUCCGAAGUGACUUAGAGUUAAUAACUCCUCCUCAGCCUCAGUGAAGGCCUCUAGAGCUGGAAGGACCGGGCCUCUCAUUGUGCAGAUGGGGACACUGAACGUCAGAGGUUUUGUUAGAACCAGUCUUUCUACCAUCUCCCCGUUAAGAGCAGGGAUAGAAGAGUGCCAGGAGCUUCUUGCCCAGCAGUUCUGUAAAUUCUGUAUAUGAAACCAUUGACUACAGAUGGUGAGAGCUGGGAAGCAUGUCUCAGCUUACAAGGUUAAUGGUAACCAGCGACGGCAGCUUGUAGAGGUUUGUGCAGCACUGGCCUAGGCUUUCACUGGCGAUGAAAGUGGCGGCUCCUCUAGGUGGAGCCCAUCCCGAGAGCAUCUGACGAGAGCUGGUCAGCGGGAGGGUGAGGUCAAGGAUGACUUAGGUACUUCAUCCCCUGCGAAGUCUGCUAGUAGAUGGGGGAUGAGGCUGCAGUACAGUGGCUACUGAAAGCAAGACGAUGCAUCUCGCCAUGCAGUCUCACUCUCCCUUAUCCCUGGAAACGUGUCAUCGGAUCUGACAUGUCUGAGACACCAAAGGUGAUUUGGGGUUUGAUCAAAAGAAAUCGAUUAAGAAUAAGUUACAGGGAGGCCUGCUUUCAUUACUGUGAGCCAAACAAAGGUCACAGAUCACCCCGCCAGCCUUAGACCACUGCCCAGCCGUGCAGUAGGCAAUACAACAGCUACUUCUGUUAGGGGCCAUAGACCUUAGUCAAGCACUGCAGAGAAGAGCCAACAAUCCUAAGAGAAGCUUGUUAUGACUAAUGCUGUACAUCACCAGGAGUCCCUGGGUGUUGUAAAUGGUGUCUGAAAAAAGGCCUGGUGAUCUGCUCCCUAAAAAUCAGCCACUGAAAACCCUAUGGAGCACAGUUCUACUCUGACAUAAGCGGGGUCACCAAGAUCAAAGUCGACUCAGUUGCAACUGGUUGCAUGUCACCAUCGUGGUGUCCUUGUCUCACCACCAGAGGGCAGGCCUCCCUGGCAUAGGCUGCCUGAAGUGAGACUGGGCACAGUCGCCCCCAUCAAGCAUGUAGGUAGCCUGUGUAGAGUCAAACACCAAAUGAUAGUAAGGGACAGAUUCUCCAUGUAUUGGGGUGGGUGGGUGGAAAUGAGAUCAGAGGAGCUUCUGGUACACUUAUAUUACCCAUUGUCGUCGAGUCUAUUCCAAAUCGUAGUGACCCUACAGGACGGAGUAGAAUUGCCGUAUCGGGUUUCCAAGGAGCUGCUGGUGGAUUCUAACUGCCGACCUUUUGGUUAGCAGCCAAGCUCUUAACCACUUGAAAUAUGUUGGUUUUGAGCAGACUGUUGUUGGUAGGAUAUUUGUAAAUGCUCUAACAGACUUUUUUUUUUAAUCCUUCUCAUUACAUGGCUCAUUUCUUGACUGGGGAUCGGUUUUCUAAAGGAAGUGAGGAAAAUGAAUAUUCAAGAUGAAAUAUAGAAAGUAAUGUUUAAGGUCACAGUAUGUAAAUAGCAUCAUAGAAUAUCAUUUGUGUAUCUAUUAAGAUUCGGGGGGGGGAUGCCUGUGCAUGCUCCCUGCCCCAACCAAACAUAAGCUAGUUCAGUCUUGUCUAGUAGAUGGGCUUCCCAUGAGCAAAGACAGCCCUCAUAAUGUAAGGAGGGCGGAGGCAGCAGUAAAAGUAAAUUAGAAGAGCAGAAGUAGGAAUUUUUCCUUCUUGGAGUUGGUUUGGAACUUUAGGUAGACUAAGGAUAUAACCAAAAUUAUGGUGAUUCUUUAGUGAUCAGUAACAUAAGACAUAGUAGUAUUAUUUGAAGGAGCCUAUCUUACAGGCUGUCUAACAGAGCAGGUGCCUGCCUAUUAGAUCUUAGCAGUGAAGUUCCUUUCCUAUUGGGUGAAUCAUUAGAUUUAAAAAAUAAUUAUCAACCAGGCAAAUUACUUUGCUUACUAACGAUGUCAUCCCACAAACGGAACAGGUGCUAUAUAGCACUGGCUGGCCCAGGAGGGAAGCCAGGUGGGGCCAGUGUGUCCACUAACUGCAUUCUUGACUAAAGAUCCAUCUGUCCUUUAUCAGCAAAGGUCUCCAACUGAGCCUUCAGCUUUAGGGCGGAAGCACAUGGAGGAGGGAGGGAGGGAGGGAAAGCCUUCUAGCCGGCAGUUUGUGUAUGGAGUGGGAGAAGGAGCGGCGUGUCGCACCCACAUGGCCGUCACAUUUCAUUUCACGCAGCCCAGAGACCCAGCUCCCCUCCUAUGGUUGCGUGUCAAAACGUGCUUUAUCUGAUUGACUCCAAAUAUCUCCAAAUGUUCUAUGGAGGUUUCUCGUGGGAACAGGUAUGUACCUGUUCGCAAUCAUGUUGUCAGAAUUUAAAUGUGUUAGUUGGGAAAUGCUGUUUGCAGGGAAUAAUAAAAAAGAAAUCUUUGUUUCCUGCAGUGGGAAUGGACCAUGUCGUCUUAACAGUCUUUUGUACAAUCCAGAUAACUUUCCCACCCAGUGCUUGCCCUUGGAAUUGUGUCUAAACGCAUCAAGCAUAAUACAAUUAAAAAAAUGCUGAAAUUAAUGUCCAGUGGCUUCUUCUGUCUUAUGUUUCAUGAAUAAAUGUGGGUAUCAGUCACACAUAUAAAUUACAUGAAAAGGGGGGUGUUUUUCUGAGUGGAAUCUUCAGGAAACCCAAAUACUCAACCCUCUUGGUCAAAAUCAGUCCAGCAGUUUCCUGAAUUUUGUACCCUUCUGUGGAUAAAUCCACUCUUUAAAAAUAAACAGAAACCAGAGACUCCAUCAGCCUGAGACUAGAAGAACUAGAUGGUACCUGGCUGCCAUCAAUGACCGUCCCGACAGGGAACACAACAGAGAGUCCCUGACGGAGCAGGAGAAGAGUGGGGUGCAGAACUCAAAUUCUAGUAAAAAGACCAGACUUAAUGGUCUGAUUGAGAAUGGAGAAACCCUGAAAGACGUGGCCCCUGGACUCUCUGUUAGCCCAAAACUAAAACCAGUCCCAAAGCCAAUUCUUCAGACAAAGAUUAGACUGGACUAUAAGACACAAAAUGAUGCUGGUGAGGAGUGUGCUUCUUAGUUCAAGUAGAUACAUGAGACUAAAUGGGCAGGUCCUGUCUGGAGGCGAGAUGAGAAGGCAAAAAGGGACAGGAGCUGAUUAGACACAGGAAAUCCGAGGUGGAAAGGAGGAGUGUGCAGUCACAUUAUAGGGAGAGCAACUAGGGUCACAUAACAAUAUGUGUAUAAAUUUUUGUAUGAGAAACUAACUUGAAGUGUGAACUUUCACUGAAAGCACAAUAAAUUAAAAAAAUAAACAGAAAACAUUCUAGAAUGAGAAGUGUAGAUCAUCUGAAUGGCUGGUGCCAUUUAUGCAAAGAAUAUUCUGAAGCUAUGCCAGCCGCACAAACAGAAGAGGCUGCCACUUAAGAAAAAAGCCAGCUCUUUCCACCCUUGUGAUUAGAAAUGCCAAACCACUUCCAUGAUUCCAUCUCUGCUGUGACAGGCAAAAUGCAACUGAAUGUAUUCUUCAUGGAAAUAGGACUUAGUCACCUGCAACAAGAGACCUGCCUCUGUCAAGGUCAGAGUGGAAAAGCACUUUAUUUACACAGCAAGGACCUGCUAACUCUUUCAAACUUUUUCAUAAACAUGAUACACUCCUGCAAAGCUCCAAGGUGACAGAGCGGGUUCAUGGAGGGUGGUGCGGCCUCCCGGGGCGUGGCCGGAGAAUUUGGAACUUGCUUCUGGAGUCUGCAACCCUUCCCGUUAAGUUGGUCCCCUCAUCUGUGUAGGCACCACCUCCUCCACACUUAACUUCACAAAAAUCAAAUGAACAAACAAAAAGCCAACUCACGGUGACCACAUGAGUGUCAGAGUAGAACUAUGCUCCAUCGGGUUUUCAAUGGCUGACCAGGUAGAUCACCCGGUCUUUCUUCCGAGAUGACUCUGGGUGGACUUGAGUCUCCAACCUUUCAGUUAGCAGCUGAGUGCAUUAACAGUUCGUACCACACAAGGACCCUAACUCCCCAAGGGGUGCCUAAAAUUAUAUAGCAACUCCACCACCUCCACAGUCAACGGCUUUGAAGCUUGUCAUCCACUCUGUUGAUUACCUUGGGUCAUUGCUUUUCUCCCCCAUGUGGACUGGCCCUUUUGGUCAUUAAAGAGCUUAUCUGCUCUUCCAUCAGUAAGACAGCAGAUACAACAAUUCAUCCCUUUACUUUUGAUGCAAAGCGUGUAGUAAUGAGACAUGAAAUUAAUUUCUAGAUGAGAUUUAUUUCAGAAACAGCUAUGAAUUUUAAUUACUGCUCUCUCCUUGUUAUCCAAUAGCAGAGCUGAUGGAGUGUGGUCUGAGCAGCUCACCAGCAGAGCCCACUUGUGACUGGGCGUGUAAUAAGCAUAGUGGUUGUUCCCUAGUGUGGGGCAUGUUCCCCAGAGUGUGGGGCAUGCUGAUACGGGGGUCUGUUGUGUGUCCUGCUUGAGGGCUUAGGCUUUGUACGUGUGAGGUCACUGAAUCUUCACAACGACGUGCACACGUAUUUAUGUCCCCAUUUCACAGCUGAGGAAACUGAGGCACUUUUAAGACUGAAGUCCAUGUUUGCCUCCCAAGUCCUAAUCCUUAGCCUGCUCACCUAGCAGAUAAACCUCAUCUCCCAUAUACCAUGUUCUAAACAGUGCACCUGAAAACAGUAUUAUGGAGACCGAGAUGCUGCUUCACAAGGGAGGCCGUUUUGAUGGAUUUGCUAAUAUUUGGGAAAGGCUGAAGUGCACCUUAGGUGGAAAGUUACUCCAUUUUAACAUAGGUUAGAGGAAUUUACAAACAAUACUCUCUGCCCAUUCUAUAUUAAUAAAACCAAAUAAAUACAGUAUCACCUACUUUUUUAAUGCAUUUGAGGAAGUUUUUUCCCCUCCUUGAUAAGUUUUUUCAAAUACCCACAAGAUUGUUGUUGUUUGUUAGGUGCCGUCGAGUGGAUUUCUAUUCAUAGUGACCCUAUGUGCCACAGAACGAAACACUGCUAGGUCCUGUGCCAUCUUCACAAUUGUUAUCUUUGAGCCUAUUGUUGCAGCCACCAUGUCAAUCUAUCUCGUUGAGGGGCUCUUUUUCACUGACCCUCUACUUUACCAAGCAUGACGUCCUUCUCCAGGGACUGGUCCCUUCUGAUAGCAUGUCCAAAGUACAUGAGAUGAAGUCUCACCAUCUUCUGUCUUAGGGAGCGUUCUGGCCCAGAAAACAUUCUGUAGCUUAGUCAGAAAGGUCAGCUCUAAGACCAAAGACCUCAUUGCUAACACAGUUAUGUUAUAGCCAGUGCUGGGUCCUGUGUAAACAUCCCUUCUGCUCUGCUAUUCCUAGAAGCCCUCAUCCUUAAAAGAUUAACCUUAGACUGGUACUGGUUCCCACUGAUGGGUUUGACAGUGAAACAGCCGGAAGCAUUUCCACUUAUUAAAGUUUAUUAGGUACAAAGAAAUGAACCUGCAGAGAUAAACAUCAAUAAAUAUAAAGUACACGUGAGACAUGAGGGGCAUCCCAGGCUGCAGUGUCAGUGAAAAUAUGCAGGAUGGUUGAAUGCCUCUACAUAUGGGCUUAUGGUUAAGGGGCUAAACUGUAAUACUGUAGGGGGAACGGCGUGGCGGACGUGAGCUCCAGGGGCUGUGAGUUCAGUGAGUUCUCUAGAAGAGAUGUGAUGCCGGAUUCCUGAGAUUUCUCCCUCAUUGUGAUUUUUGGUUUCUGCUCUUUCCUUCCUCUGUCCUUGAACAGUGUUCUUUUUAAUUUCCAUCCCAGCAGUGAGGAACAUGAAAGUAUAAGCACCUCAUCAGGGCAGGCAGUCUACUCUGAAGGUGGAAUUGCCUUUGUCUAGGGCCUUCUUAAUCAUGAUAAUUAAAACUUAUAUAAUUAUGUUAUCCAACUGGGAGGGAGGCGGAGUGGAUACUAAUGAAGAAAUUCUGACCUUUUGGAAACUUUCCAGAACAAAUAAAACAAAUCAGCUAUGCCCAGAACUGAUGACCUACAAAAGUUUGUCCAUUGAUUUUGCUGUUACAACUUGGCAUGAUUUAUUCCCUAGUGAAGGGAACUUAACCUUGCUCCAUAGCUUCUACCUGGAGUGAGAAUGCAGAGAAAGCAUAACAAUGGUGUAGGAAGCCAGACACAAUAGCUAGGUUUCUACAGUGGUGUUUGCCAAAACCUGCCUAAAUGUCUACCUUUUCUGGCUGGCUUGGUCGGGGCGUGGUAUCUUUAAGGUGUGAGUUGUUCUAGUGCAAACUUAUUUUUUUUUUCACUGCUCCUCUCUCCUCUCCUGUCCCUGAUUUCCUUUAAUCUGUAGCUAUUUUGAGCGCAACCCAGGGAUCGAUCAAUCUGUGCCCUUCUAGUCUUCUCUCCUUCCUCUGUCCCAGGGUGGGGGAGCAUGCCGGGGGCCAGGCGGCAAGCAAAAACACCCCUCCAUUGCCUUGUCAGCUCAAGAAAAAGGUGUGAGAGAAGUCAGAGCCCAUCUUGCCCCCUCCCAUAUUCAGGGGUGGGCUGGCCUCAGACACAUCUUUCCCCACAGAAGAGCUGCCUGCCACAAGGAACGGGGAAGCUGCCAGACCGAUUCCCCAGUUCCCUGCUCCUUUAGCUUAGAAUGGAGCUACGGUUUGCCUAAUGGGUACUUCCAGGUUUCCUACAUGGGGGUGGGGCACCAGAUAUUUGAGGGAGCUAUUUCACUGCACGUUUCAGUCUUCACUUUUUCACAUUAUAUUUUCCAUGCAGAUCCUGCACUCAGAAAGAAAAGAGACCUCUGAGAUAGAUUAGUAAUUUACUAUCAGUUGCUUAUGUUUCUAGCCUGCAGGGAAAAUAAUGAAAUAUCAUAAAGCCCACCUCACCCUGGCUACCGGGACAGGGCUGGGAGCUCAGAGGGGACAAGAGGAAAGUCACGGAGGCUUGGGCACAAGGGGACUGUAAACAGUAAAAGCCUUGGCUACUUGUAGGAUUAUUCGGUUACAAAAGGGACCCUGGGGUCGGCAUUGGAGGGGCCUGGGCCCCUCUUGCCUUUAUUUUGUGUUAUAUUUACACUAGGCAGCAAAAAAUCCCUGUACUAUGAAACAGGAGCGAGACGUGAUGUCUCGUUCGUUGGAGGCUGCGUGGCAGCGUCAUCGGGUGUGGGGGAAACAUGACUUUCUCUGAGCUGCAUCAGUUAUAAGGCAUUAUUUGGUUUGACUUUGCAGUUGCUGAGAAUAUAAAACCAUGCCAAUAAGAAACCACUGUGGAUACCAUGGUUUAGCGAAUACCCGGAAAUGAAAGACUCUUCUAAAAAUGCUUCAGGAUCUUGGGAGGGCCAGCCCGCACAUAUAAUGCACAGUCAUGGAAUGGACGCUAUGAGGUGGGGACAGGGCUCUAUGUACUGACAGAUGAAUGCCAGGGUGCAUUUUAAAAAAUGGAGAAAAGUUAUUUUUGUUUUUCUUUUUAAAUUAUGCAAAUAAAAGUUGACUAUGAUACUGAUUUAAAGCCUGUGCAAACCACCUAUUUACAAUAAAUAAAUGCUCCACGCAGAGCGUGUAUGUCAACUAAAAUACAACUUGAGUGAGGUGGUGUGCCCUUCCUGUGAUGUGGAACCCCUGGGGGCUCACAGGAACUUGGCUUCAUCCAUCUUCUCACCGGAGUGUCUUGAGUGGUAACUGUGGAAACAACAGAAGAUGGCUGCGUGAGGCUGGUAGAGUCAUUGCACACACAGGACCGACCCCAGCCCUGGGCACCACUGCUGUUCCUCAUGAACGCAAGGCUGCAUGAGCCGGAAGGUGGUCCCAUCACAUGCAUGGAGCUGGUUUUUACUCAAGGGGUCAUGGGUGGCAAAAGGAUGAAAUGGAGCAUGUAGUUGAUGUCAUGUGGGGACAUAAUACCAUAUACUUUAAAUUGUUUUACUGUGAUAACAAUAUACAUAACAAAACAUUUGCCAAUUCAACCAUUUUUUACAUGUACAGUUCAGUGGCAUCAUGUUGUGCAACCAUCACCAUUAUCCAUUUCCAAAUUAUUCCACCACCAUUAACAGAAACUCAGCGCCCCCUAAGCAAUGACUGCCCCACCCCUGGUAACCACUAAUAAGCUUUGGUUUCUAUAUAUUAGCUUAUUUCAUAUAAAUAAGGUCAUACAAUAUUUGUCAUUUUUAGUGACUGGUUUAUUUCCCUUAGCAUGUUUGCAAGGUUCAGCUAUCCAUGUUGUAGCAUGUAUCAGGACUUCAUUUUUCUUUAGGGCUGUGUAAUACUCCAUUGUAUGUACAUACCAUAUUUUGUUUAUCCAUUCAUCUGUUAACAGGUAUUUCAGUUGUUUCUACCGUUUUGGCUAUUGUGAGCAGUGCUACAGUGAACAUUUGUGUACAAAUUUCUGCUUGUGUUCCUGCUUUCAAUUCUUUUGGGUAUAUUGGGAUUUCUGGGUCAUAUGGUAAUUCUACGUUUAACUUUUUGAGGAACCACCAAACUGUUUUCCACAGCAGCUGUAACCGUUUUGCGUUCCCACCAGCAAUAGAUGAGGGUCUAAUGCUGUCAUAUAUACAUGUUUAGGACCAAGUAUCCGCAGGUUCAUUUGACAGGAAGCUCAGGAAUAGUCAAGAACUUGCUGGACACCGGUGUGAGCACAGAAAAACUACAUAGUGCCCAGCUACCAUCACUAACUGCUCUAACUGUUCUAACAGGAAUCACAGUAGAGGGUCCCAGACAGAGCGGAAGAAAAAUGUAGAACAAAAUUCAAGUUCACAAAAAAAAAAAGACCAGACUUACUGGUCUGACAGAGACUGGAGGAACCCCCAAGACUAUGGUCCCUGGACACCCUGCUAACUCAGAACUGAAGCCACUCCUGAAGUCCACAUUUCAGCCAAACAUUAGACAGGCCUAUAAAACAAACAAUAACACACAUGAGGAAUGCGUUUCUUAGUUCAAUCAAGUGUACGGGACCAAAUGGGCAAUGCCUGCCCAAAAGCAAAGAUGAGAAGGCAGAAAGGGACAGAAAAAUGGGACGAAUGGACACAGAGAAUCAGGGGUGGACAGGGAAAGGCGGAGAGUGCUGACACAUUGCAGGGAUAGCAACCAAUGUCGCAAAAUAAUUUGUGUAUAAAUUUUUGAAUGAGAAACUAAUUCGCACUGUACACUUUCACCUAAAACACAGUAAAAUUAAAAAAAAAAACAAAAAACAAAAAAACU